CAUGCUAAUAAUGAGACACGAGAUCUCACUUGGUCACUCUUUAUCAUUUUCCAUCGGCACUAAGAACGCAUGGCCGCUUUCGCUUUAUGGCUCUCUCGCUUACGCUCUUCUUCCAAAACUGCCUGCACCAGUUUCCGCAACUCCUUUCUCCACAACAUCAGGUCUGAAACCACACUAACCACCGCAAAUCUCAUCGGCUCCGGCACUGCGAAACGGCCAUUUCUGUUAUGGUCAAGCUCUCUCCUUCCUCUCACCCUCGCUCUCUCUGCUGGAUCUCUCGCCUUCCAUUUUCAACCUCAGCCUUCUCUUUGUGACUCCUCUAAUCUCGAUUCUCGCAUUGGAGGCAAAGGUAGCACCGAGUUUGUUGUAGAGGGUUCUCACAGGAAGGUCCCUCAGGAGCUUAUUGAUGAAUUGAGGGCUAUCUGUCAGGAUAACAUGACAAUGGAUUAUGAAGAAAGGUACUUUCAUGGGAAGCCACAGAACAGUUUUCAUAGUGCAGUACAUAUCCCUGAUGUGGUUGUUUUCCCAAGAUCAGAAGAGGAAGUUUCCAACAUUGUAAAAUCUUGUGACAAGCAUAAGGUCCCUAUAGUACCUUAUGGUGGAGCUACAUCAAUCGAGGGCCACACAUUAUCACCUCAUGGUGGUGUUUGCAUUGACAUGUCACUCAUGAAGAGUGUUAAAGCUCUGCAUAUUGAGGACAUGGAUGUAGUUGUUGAGCCUGGGAUUGGGUGGAUGGAGCUUAAUGAAUAUUUGGAGCCUUAUGGUCUAUUCUUUCCCCUUGAUCCAGGGCCUGGUGCAACCAUUGGAGGAAUGUGUGCUACACGUUGCUCUGGAUCUUUAGCUGUGAGGUACGGGACUAUGCGAGACAAUGUCAUUAAUCUCAAGGUAGUUCUUGCCAAUGGAGAUGUAGUCAAGACAGCUUCCCGUGCUCGUAAAAGUGCUGCAGGGUACGAUUUGACUCGUUUGGUGAUUGGAAGUGAAGGAACGCUUGGCAUAAUAACAGAGGUCACAUUACGACUUCAGAAAAUUCCACAGCAUUCAGUGGUUGCAAUGUGUAAUUUUCCAACAAUUAAGGAUGCAGCAGAUGUUGCCAUCGCCACUAUGCUGUCUGGGAUACAGGUGUCAAGGGUAGAACUGCUGGAUGAGGUUCAAGUACGAGCUAUUAAUAUUGCCAAUGGGAAGAAUUUACCUGAAGUUCCUACUUUGAUGUUUGAAUUUAUAGGCACAGAGGCAUAUGCACGUGAGCAAACACUAAUAGUUCAGGAGAUUGUUUCUAAGCACAAUGGCUCAGAUUUUGUUUUUGCUGAACAGCCUGAAGCUAAAAAGGAACUUUGGAAGAUUAGAAAAGAGGCUCUGUGGGCUUGCUUUGCAAUGGAACCAAAAUAUGAGGCACUGAUCUCGGAUGUUUGUGUUCCUUUAUCACGCCUGGCAGAAUUGAUAUCAAGGUCUAAACAAGAGCUGGAUGCAUCCCGCCUGGUUUGCACAGUUAUUGCUCAUGCUGGUGAUGGGAACUUCCAUACCGUGAUUCUUUUUGAUCCUAGCCAAGAAGACGAUCGACAAGAAGCAGAAAGAUUGAACAAGUUUAUGGUCAACGCUGCCCUGUCAAUGGAAGGAACAUGCACUGGUGAACAUGGUGUUGGCACAGGGAAAAUGAAGUAUCUGGAGAAGGAACUUGGGGUGGAGGCCUUGAAGACGAUGAAAAGAAUUAAAACAGCAUUAGAUCCAAACAACAUCAUGAACCCAGGAAAGCUCAUUCCGCCUCAUGUUUGCUUCUAAGGACGUGUUUGGUGAACUUGGAGUGGAGGCAUCCUUAUUGGCAUGUGCUUUAUCUGCAAUAGUUGGCUGUUGUGUUCCAAAAGGUAUGCUCCCUUGCCAUUUCUACCAUUUUGAAUAGUUGCCUCAUUAACACACAGGAUUAAAAUAGGACAUUGUACUGGCCAAUGUCUCCUCAAAUUGUACCAUUUCCUUUGUGUUGAGAGUUUGAGUUACCUUAACAUUUACUGUUCUUGCUUAUGUUUUCUUUCACACAUCCAAAGUGUGUGAUCUGUUCCCUCUAAAAAAAUACUUAUAGAUUGUAUAAUUUGGAAUCCUAUAUGUUUGCUGCUAAUAGAUGACAACGAAAAAUGUAAUAUGAA